AUCCCUUCACCUGUUACCACCAUAACAAACUAACAGAACCAAAAUUUUCAGUUUUUUCGUUUUGAGUUCUUUCCCAAUGUCGUUUUGAUUCCUUUUCUCCGAUUCAAUCCAAACCCUAAUUUCCCUCUCCGAUCCCAAAUUGAGGAAUAUCAAAAUCGCCGCAAUGUCAAAUUCGAUUCUUCUUCUAGCAAUUCUCACCCUCGCAUUGACGAGUUUCGUCAAUUCGAUGAGGUUUGAUCUUCAAAUGGGUAGCACUAAGUGCAUUUCUGAGGAUAUUAAGAUCAAUGCGAUGACCGUUGGAAAGUAUAGUGUCGUUAAUCCUAAUGAAGGGUAUCCUCUUCCUGAUAGCCACAAGAUCACUGUCAAGGUGAGUUCUCCUCAUUCAAACACUAAUCAUUACGCUGAGCAUGUGGAAUCGGGUAAUUUUGCAUUUACUGCACCUGAGGGUGGUGACUACACAGCUUGCUUUUGGAUACCGAGUAGUAGGAUGGCCCCGUCAACUGUGACUAUUGAAUUUGAAUGGAGAAGUGGAGUUACUGCCAAAGACUGGUCUAAGGUUGCCAAGAAAGGGCAGCUUGAAAUAAUGGAAUUUGAAUUGAAGAAGCUGUAUGAUGCUGUUUCAUCCAUCCAUGACGAGAUGUUUUAUCUUCGUGAAAGGGAGGAAGAGAUGCAAGAUCUUAACAAAGCAACCAACUCCAGGAUGUUCACUUUCGGUUUCCUUUCAAUCUUGGUUUGCUUGUCUGUGGCUGGUAUGCAACUAUGGCAUUUGAAGACAUUCUUUGAGAGGAAGAAGCUCCUCUAAGAUCCUUAACACAAAUUUUGCUCUAUUUAUUUUUUAUUCCAUAUUUUCUAAUUCCCGUGGCCUGGCCGUUUCCUCACACGAAUUUUUGUCAUCUUCAUCUUUCACAAUUUGUAGAUGUUUAGAAACACUGGUUACCUUCUCAAUCUGAGAACUGGUUCAUGUCUUGAUGAUUCAAUAGUUUAUUGAAAAGUCCAUGAGAACCCUCUUCAAAAUAUAAAUGAUGAAAGCAACUAUAUUUAAUCUGGUCUGUUGCUUGUUUUGGAUUGAAACAUGUAACUACAUGUCUACACUCUACAUUAACAUUUGAAAGAGGAUGAAAGCAGAUAGAGGAGACAAAAUGCUAAAUUCAAUUGAUUCUUUUUAUGCAUGAAAUGCAACAUGCUCUUCUGUUGUUUUGGUAAGUUUCCAUGAAGAACCUAAUUACAGGUAUUGGUAACUAGUCCAUAUAGCUGAAGGAGUAGGGAUUUAGAGCUGCUUACAGCUUA